AGAUAAUUAUGGCGGGAUGCGAAGGUUAAAGGUGAAAUUUACUGUCUGACACCAAACAUGGCUGACGAACAAGCACGUUUCGAAGCCCUUUUGCAGGGUUUAAUGAGUGAUGAUAACGAUUCAAGAACACAGAAUGAGGGAUUAUAUGACAAGAUACCGGGCCCUACAAAAUUACCAAUGUUAGUCCAGUCUAUGUCCAAUAGUAACAUAUCUAUAGAGAUAAGAACACUGUCAUCUGUUUUAUUAAGAAGAUUAUUUACAAAUGAAUUUGAAGAAGUAUGGCCAAAAUUGUCACCAGAGCUCCAGGCAGCUGUGAAAGAAAAAUUAAUGUCUGCUAUAACAGAAGAGUUAACUCCCCCUGUCAGACGAAAGGUGUGUGAUGCAACAGCCGAGUUGGCUAGAAAUAUGAUUGAUGAAGAAGAAAACAUGAACUGGCCAGAAGUCCUGAAGUUUAUGUUUGAAAGUGCAAGUUCUCCAGAUUCAGGUUUACGGGAAAGUGCUCUUCAUAUUUUCAAAAAUGUUCCUGGAAUAUUCGGUAAACAGCAGAGCCACUAUAUGGAUGUUAUUAAACAGAUGUUAACUCGAUGUUUAGCCGACAGGGAUAACCCACAAGUUUGGUUUGAAGCCAUCAAAGCCUCAACAGCCUUCCUUGUAGCUAACGAUAAAAAUAAUCAUCUAUUACAUCACUUUAAAGAUCUACUGCCUCCAAUGAUACAGGGUAUGAAUGAAAGUUUGGCAGCUGAUGAUGACAGUUUGAUGAAAUGUUUGAUAGAAUUGGCAGAGAAUGUUCCAAAAUUCCUCAGACCUCAAAUGGAUAAUAUAAUACCAUUUUGUCUGAAGGUUAUUUCUGAUGCCAAUUUGUCUGACAGUAUGAGACAGUUAGGAAUGGAGGCUAUUGUAACUUUAUCUGAAACAGCUCCUGCCAUGGUUAGAAAGUUUGGGAAGUACAUGCCUCUUCUAGUACCACAAGUUCUAGCACUGAUGGUAGAUCUAGAGGAAGAAGAAGACUGGUCCAUUCAAGAUGAACCAGAAGAAGAAGAUACUGAAAGCAAUAGUAUAGCAGCUGAAAGUGCCCUAGAUAGACUGGCUUGUGCCUUAGGUGGGAAAACUAUGCUUCCACAUAUCCUAGCAAACAUACCACAGAUGUUACAAAAUGGUGACUGGAGAUAUAGACAUGCUGCGUUGAUGGCUAUUUCUGCCUGUGCUGAAGGUUGUCAUCAGCAGAUGGAAGGAAUGCUUAAUAAUAUACUGGAUGCAAUUUUACCAUUCCUUAAAGACCCACACCCACGAGUGAGAUAUGCUGGAUGUAAUGCUAUUGGUCAGCUGUGUAGAGAUUUUGGUCCUUUAUUUCAAAAGAAAUAUCAUAACAGGGUUGUUCCAGAAUUAUUACAGAUUAUGGAUGACAAUGCUAAUCCCAGAGUACAGUCACAUGGAGCGGCAGCACUGGUCAACUUUGCUGAGGAAUGUCCAAAAAUAGUACUCUCUCAAUAUUUAGAUGUCAUUUUAGAUAAAAUGGAACAAGUUCUUAGCAGUAAAUUUAAAGAGUUAUUAGAGAGAGGUGUCAAGUUAGUGUUAGAACAAGUGGUAACAGCCCUAGCAUCUGUAGCUGAUACGGUCGAGGAGAAAUUUACACAGUAUUACGACAGAUUCAUGCCAUGUCUCAAAUAUAUCAUGCAGAAUGCUGUAACUAAAGAAAUGAGACUUUUACGAGGGAAAACCAUAGAAUGUAUUAGUCUCAUAGGAUUAGCUGUAGGCAAAGAAAAGUUUUUACAGGACUGUAGUGACGUGAUGCAGAUGUUAUUGAAGACACAAACAGAUUUGAGUGAAAUGGAGGACGAUGAUCCACAGAUUUCCUACAUGAUAUCAGCCUGGGCUAGAAUGUGUAAGAUUCUAGGUAAAGAAUUCCAGCAGUACUUGCCAUUAGUAAUGCCACCUGUUUUAAAAGCAGCCUCCCUCAAGCCAGAGGUUGCACUGCUUGACAGUGAUGAAAUAAAAGACAUGCAAGGUGAUACAGACUGGGAGUUUGUCAAUGUGGGAGAACAGCAAAGUUUUGGUAUUAGAACAGCUGGUUUAGAAGAGAAGACUACAGCAUGUCAGAUGUUAGUGUGUUACGCAAGAGAAUUAAAGGAAGGAUUUGCUGAGUACGCUGAGGAAGUGGUCAGGACAAUGGUUCCUUUGUUAAAGUUUUACUUUGAAGAUGACAUUAGAAUAGCAGCCUCAGAAAGUCUACCGUUCUUAAUAGACUGUGCUAAGAUUCGUGGAGAACAGUAUGUAGCAGAGAUGUGGAACUAUAUCUGUCCAUGUCUGUUAAAGGCAAUAGAGAUUGAACCUGAACAAUCAGUUCUACCGGAACACUUGUAUGCUUUAUCCAAGUGCAUAGAAAAGUUGGGAAAAGGGUGUUUAUCCCAAGAGAAUAUGAACUUGGUUAUGUCUUUGCUUGAAAAACAACUGCAGACCCAUUUCAAAAAGCAGGAAGAAAGACAUGAAAAGAGGAAAGACGAGGAUUACGAUGAGGAUUUAGAGGAAGACUUAUUAGAGGAGGAUGAUGCCGACACGUACAUACUGAGUAAAGUAUCAGACAUAUUACAUUCUAUAUUUGGUACUCAUCAUGAGGAAUUCCUGCCUCUGUUUGAACAACUCCUACCAUUCUUUGUAAAGUUAAUUGGUCCAGAUCAAGUGUGGUCAGAUAAACAAUGGGGACUAUGUAUAUGGGAUGAUGUGAUAGAACAUUGUGGACCACACUCUGUAAAGUAUACCCAGUACUUCCUUGCCCAGAUGAUGAGUUUUCUCUGUGACAAACAGCCAGAACUGAGACAGGCCUCAGCGUAUGGUAUUGGUGUAAUGGCCAAGUUUGGAGGAGAAGUGUAUGCUGCAACAUGUGCAGAGGCCUUGCCACUGUUAGUAAAGAUGAUCCAGGACCCUGAAUCACGGUCCCCUGAGAAUGCCAACCCAACAGAAAAUGCCAUCUCGGCCAUCGCUAAGAUUUGUCAACAUAACAAUAGUCAGAUUAAUGUAAAUGAUGUCUUACCCAUGUGGCUCUCCUGGUUACCUGUCUGGGAGGAUGAAGAUGAGGCAGAACCAGUAUACAACUAUCUAUGUGACCUUAUUGAAAUUAAUCAUCCAUUGAUACUGGGAGAGAACCACGUAAACCUGCCACAGAUUGUAUGUAUUGUGGCUGAAGCAUUUACAAAGGAGGCAGUGUCAUCAGAGUCCAAUGUUUACACAAGAAUGCUUAAUAUAGUCAGACAAGUCGAGCAAAAUCCUGCAGUAUUCCAGGCCUGUAUCCCUCUUCUGUCAGCAGAACAGCAACAAACAUUACAUCAAGCUCUCAGUAGCUAAUACCACCAACAAUCCAGAUAUAACAUUAUAGAACAACAGUCAUGGACAUAAUACCACCAUAAAACAACACAAUCAUAAAACACAGUCAAGGAGAUGCCUUCAAAUUGAGGCGUAAUAUUUUGUUUUUGACUUCACAAUAAUUCAUGGCAACACAAAAUUUGUAUUUAUUGGUACAUUUAAUUUUGGAUUUUGAGAAGGAAAACCUUUGUAAUACAUAGAAGAAUGUUUGUGUAAGAAUUUUGUCUCAAAAAUCUAACAUUUGAUAAAUUUUCAUGUUUUUGAUGAUAUUUGAUGAUUUAUUUUUGACAUGCAGUUUCUGUUUGUUAGAAAACAAUGAUAAUAUGUAAAUGAAAACAUAUGUUAUCCCUUUUAAUUAUGUACAUACUAUAAUGUUUUAUCACUUAUAAUGUAGAUAUUUAUCCCAAUGGCAUAUAUAGGAAAUUGUAUUCACUUUUAUUUAACAACCAUUUUAAAGUCAUAUUGCAUUAUUAAGAGUAUAUUAUUAAGAAAAAUACGGAUGGUGGGUUACACCAAUACAUCCAAGUUAUAAACAUGUUAAGUAACCUACAAUUUUCUUAAAAGUGAAAUAUUAUGGUUUUGGUAGUAUAUAUUUCAGAUAAAUGAAAAUAUUUAUAAAUAUAUGUAUGCUUGGUUUUCACUGAAAAGCUUUUGUUUCAAAUAAUCAUUUUAUUUGUUUAUGCUUUAUAAGAUAAUUAACACAUCCUAAGGUACGUAUACAGUUUAGUUACUGUGGUAAUGAUGUUUUAUAACUUGUGAAAAGGAAACCAAAACUGUCAUGUUUUGUUGAAGUAUAUAUAAGUUUAGCAAAUGAUUUAAAUAGUAUGGCCAAUCUGAAUGUCAAUCAUACCUUCUUUUUUUUGAGCAGACAAUAGCAUAUAGGUUUUGCUUGAGCAUAAUCCAUAUUUUGUGCAGUUAAGAUAAUUUGAUUUGAUGAUUUUUCCUUAUUAAUUGUUUUUGUUUGGUAGUGAUGGUAACAGUUUUUUAAAGGGUAUAAUGGAUUAGAUAGCAAAAUAGAAAACUUUCUAAGCUUUUCAGACAAAUGUAAGAAUAUUUAUUCAGACCAAAUAUGCCAAAUUCUAUGUUUGUCAGAAUUUAUUAGGAAAGCAAGUAUGAGCAGUAUUUUACUUUUUAUUUCGAAAAUACGAAGAUAAACAUAGCUACAAUACUACAAUACAAGUGAAAUCUUUUGUUGUUAAUAAGAAAACAGUAUAUAUUCCACAGAUUGGGAAAUAUUGUCUGCAUAUGAUAUGAGUACUUAUUUCAUGGAAGCAAAGUUCUUUUUAAUGUCCUAGAGCUUCAAUUAGAUACCAAAAUUAGCCAUUGAAUAUCCUCUUCAAUGAUUUUUGUAAAGCCUACAUGUUAGAUAGUUUAAUGGUAACUUGUCAAGGUUUACUUAGUGUUUGUUGUCAGCUUGUACAUCAUGAUUUUACAUGGCUUACUUCCCUUUAAUUCAUGCUGGCCUAAAGAUCAUGGUUUUACAUGGCUUACUUCCCUUAGAUCUUUGUUGUCAGUCUCUACAUCAUGGUUUUUGAUCGCUUACUUAAGUAUUUGUAACACCUAUCUGUCUUUGUUUAUUGCAGUGAUUUAAUGUAGAUAAUGUUAAUAGCUAAUUAUAAAGGGUUGUUGUUUGCUUUAACAUUUUCAUAAUACUGAAUCAGGUGUUUCAGAAAUAGUUGUCUGUUAGAUAACCUUGAUUGAUUGGUGUUUGCUAUAGGCAGGGUAAUAUUGAAUGAUGUUCGCUUUAGACAGGAUAAGAUGGCACUACUCCUAUUUAAAUGGUCUUCAGUGAUGAUUUGGCAAUAAAUGACUUUUAUUGAAUAAUCUGACAAAGUUGUUUAAAAAGCAAAACUUGUCUCCUUAACUUGACUUCAAUUUUUGUGAAAUAACUUAACCAUUUUGUAAAAACUUAUUCAUGUUGUAACUUCCAAUGAUUUUUGGUCGUCAUUCCCUAUCUAAAGUGUGUCUGUACAUUGUAAUAAAUGAAACAUACUAAGUAUGUAUUACAUGUUGAUAAUAUGUGUACAUUGUAACAUAUGUAUUACAUGUAGAUGUGCCAUUGUCAACAUAGAGAAUGGUCAUUUAUUAGAUCUGAGUUUUAUAGUCUCAGAUAAUUGUACUUCUGAUGUUGAAGUCAAUAAUUGGUUUUGAUUUUAGACAAAAGUCUUAAGCCAAUAUUAUAAUUAAUCUGAUGAGUAAUUUGUUCUCAACAGUGAUUAUAUUGUAUGUGGUUAUAUUUACUCCUAUUUAUGGAGCACCACUACAGUAAUUCCUACCUCAUUUUAUGUUGUUUGUUUGUAGGAUUGAGCAUAAUACACAUUUGUUUGUGAUUAAAAGGAUUUAUGAUUACUAUUUAGUAAGACUAGUAGACAGAUAUAAAUUUUGAUCCACAGAAAAAUGGAUAUAGAGAUUAUAAGAGGUGCUAUUGCUAAACCAAACUGAAUAAACUUAAAUGAUUUUUGAAGAAUUGUGUUUUAUGCAAAUAUUUGUGUUUCUGUCUACUUUUGAAUCCUAUGCUACCUAAAAUAGUUAAAGCAUGGAGUCAUUAUAAGUAUUUUUGAAUUCAUAAAACAAGCAAAGGUUUUUUGUUGUGAACAAUAAAUAUUUUUGGAUAACAGUUUUGUAAACCUUUAUCCUGUGUGUAAUUAUGUCGUAAAACAUUUACUAAUUGUUACAGUUUUAUGAAACAUUUUAUACAAUAAUGUGCAAUGAUAAACUAGUGAAACCAUUAGUUGAAUUGGUUGUUGAUUAAUCAAAACCUAGAUAAAGAGGUUAUAACCUCUUUCCAAAGAUUGACAUAUUUUAGUCAGAAUAUUUGUUUAAUCUUUUUGUAGCAUGUAAAUGCAUUUAAUGCACUUGUUAUGUUUUAACAUAUAUUGUUAAAUGAAAUGUUUGGUUAUUAUAAAUAACCUGUACACAUUAUGUACAAUUGACGUUUAAGUCAACUUAUAUGUCUAUGAGGGCAUGAAUUGUUAAAGUAUUACUGAUGGUUAAUUGGACAACCUAUCAGAACACUAUUUGUAACCAUUUAAUGUAUGCACAAACUAAGUUGUUACAUUAAGGAAGAUAAAUUUCUUCAAUUGUUACAUUAGAUUAUUACAGUGUCUUUCACACCAUUUCUGAUGAUAAUAAACGUACUGACCAUUUA